ACCCUAGGACAAACCGAAAAAGAAGCUCGUGCUAAGUUGGAAGGUUCGUCGCUCGUGUUCUGGGUCCAACACGGUUUUGUUCCACUUUGUUGAGCAGGUCGUGGCAUGUGGCGCGCGCUGCCCGGGGAGUGAAAAAUACGAGAAGCGCAAAGCGACAACGUGUCGGCCUCCGAAGAAAGUUUGCUGCUCGGCCUGUCAACAACAUGUCCUCCGCCUCGCAGUCUUCCUCCAGACGCCAGUGGUGCUACCUGUGCGAUCUGCCCAAGAUGCCGUGGGCCAUGCUGUGGGAGUUCAGCGAGGCGGUGUGUCGGGGCUGCGUGAAUUACGACGGCGCGGACCGGAUCGAGCUCCUCAUCGAGACGGCGCGGCAGCUGAAGAGCACCCACGGGGUCCUGGACGGCAGGUCCCCGGGUCCGCAGCUCAGUAAAGCCGCGUCGGGCGGAGCCGCGGAGGCCGGGCGGCAGCACGGGGAGCGCGUGGACAGGAGCCGGGGGGAGUACGGAGCCUCCUCCCGCCUCCUCAACGGCCUGCACAGACCUGAGGACGCAGCCAUGUCCGAGGGGAGUCGUCAGAGCCCGAACACGCGGCGUGUGGCCGCGGCCGUGCCGGCCCUCCACAGCACCAUCUCCCACGCGCUAAUGGCUCAGGGGCUGGUGGCGGCGCCUCACGGGCUGCUGGCCCCGUUAGCCGGGUCCAGGUCUGGAGUGACACCCAUUGCAGUUUCAGCUGGUCCCAUAAUGGCUGAGGCAGGCAGGAGGCAGGCGGUGGCCCUGGGUGUGGGGGCCGGCACCUCGGCCCUGCUGGGUUUGGACCCUGCAGUUUGGAGGAACAGUGAGGUGAUGGCAGAGCUGAACGAGGUGGCCCGCAGCCGGGUGGAGGGCUGGCCCGGUCAGCCCAAAGCGGUCCGGGACGUGCUCGUGGCUCUCAGCAGCUCUGUCCCUUUCAACGUGCGCUUCAGGAAAGACCACAACCUGCUGGGUCGCGUCCUGGCCUUCGACGCCAGCACCGUUCCCGAGUUCGAGCUGAAGGUGUUUGUGGAGUACCCCGUGGGCUCAGGAAUCAUCUUUUCUGGAGUCCCAGACCUGGUUCGCCAGAUGUUUCGUGAUUCUGCCAAAGAUGCCGGCAAAGCUGUGAACUCUGGGCUGAGAUAUGUGGAAUAUGAGAAGCGGCACGGCUCCGGAGACUGGCGCGUGCUGUCUGAGCUGCUCAACGACGGCGUGAGGAUGUUCAAAGAACCCCCGAUCCCAGAGGUCCUACCCCAGCCGGACCCGGUGCCGUCGCUGGCAGCUGCUGGGCGUCCCGCUCCGGCAAAAGGAACGACGAGGCGCCGCAAAGCUUCCCCCGGCUCUGAGAACGGAGAGAGUGACGGGAGACCCGACCAUGCAGCGAGGGAGCCCUGGUCCAGAGGUGCCUACACAGAAGCCCUUGCAGGCAUGGCUGUUCCUCAGGAGGGCCCCCCCCGGCUGCACAGCCAGCCGUCGCCCAUCUCGGCGCUCAUGGGGGUCGCAGACAGCCUGACUUCUAGUCAGAUGGCCAGAGACAGCCCCAGCAUGUCCGCUGGCCACUCCUCAGCAGCGGGGCGCUCCAGCAGCAGCAGUCCCUCCACCGCCUCCACCUCAGCCUCCCAGGCAGCCAUGGGGGGGCAAGGUCUGAGCGCAGUGGGACCGAGCAGCAGCUCGGUCAGCGGGGAGAGCACGAGCAGCACGCAGGCUGUGCUCUGCUGCACCCUCUGCAGAGAACGCCUGGAGGACACACACUUUGUCCAGUGUCCCUCUGUCCCGCACCACAAGUUCUGUUUCCCGUGCACCCGGGGGUUCAUCCGCAGCCAGGGGCCUGGGGGGGAGGUGUACUGCCCGAGCGGGGAGCGCUGCCCACUCGCUGGAUCCACCGUGCCUUGGGCCUUCAUGCAGGGGGAGAUCUCUACCAUCCUGGCAGUGGAGCGAGAAGUGACAGUGAAGAAGGAAGAGUGA